UUGCGUCCUCACCCGUCUGACAAAAUCCGUAUUUAUUUGUGCCACGCAAGCGGGUGGCCUGGACACGGUGUUCUGUGUCGCAGAAGUGGCCGUGCACCAAGUGAAAUACUUGUUGCUAUAGCAACAGUUCUUUUUUAUUGAUACCAGAAUAAACAGGAAUGCAAGCUGCCUCACUUGUUGGCACAUUUUGGGGGCCUCCCAUCCCUGGGGGUUUAAGAACCGCCCUGUGGAGGCGGCCCUCCAUGCUAGCCUGGGACUUCCCUGUGGAGUGAGGAAGGCAGAAACACCUCUCCUGACUUGGCUCCCUGAGGACUCGGCCUGAGAACCUCGAUGUACUCUGAGAUCCAGCGGGAGCGGGCAGACAUCGGGGACCUAAUGUCCCGGCCUGAUUACAGAGAGUGGAACCCAGAGCUCAUCAAGCCCAAGAAGCUGCUGAACCCCGUGAAGGCAUCGCGGAGUCACCAGGAGCUGCACCGAGAGCUGCUCAUGAACCACAGAAGGGGCCUGGGUGUGGACAGCAAGCCCGAGCUGCAGCGGGUGCUGGAGCACCGCCGACGGAACCAGCUCAUCAAGAAGAAGAAGGAGGAGCAGGAGGCCAAGCGGCUGCAGUGCCCCUUCGAGCAGGAGCUGCUGAGAAGGCAGCAGAGGCUGAACCAGCUGGAAAAACCACCGGAACAGGAAGAGGAGCAUCCGCCCGAGUUUAUUAAAGUCAAGGAAAACCUGCGGAGGAUUGCCACGCUAACCAGCGAAGAGCGGGCCCUGUAGAACGAUGGCUGGGCCCUGCAGCCUCGGGCAUCCGGUGGCGGUCACACCAGCUCCCCGGAGAACGCCAGCACAGAGCCU